AUGCAUAUCUCAGAGGAGGCACCCUGUGGCCUCCAUUCCUCGCAACAGCAGCAGCAGCAGAAGCAGCAGGCACCGAGUGACUCGGACGAUGCGGCGACGGAUGAGCCCACCGUCAUUGCAACGCUGCCGGAGGGCGACGUCCUAUCAGAGGCAGAGGCGGCCAGGCUGCUUCGGAAAAUCGACUGGCACGUCCUGCCGAUGCUAUUUCUGAUCUACGUUGUGGCGUUCCUGGACCGGUCCAAUGUUUCCAACGCGCUCACCAUGAGCAUGCCAAAGGAGCUGGGCUUGACGGGCCAGCAGCCCAAUGUUUCACUGGCCGUCUUCUUUGUUCCCUACAUUGUCUUUGAGAUCCCGUCCAACCUCUUGAUGAAGAGGCUCUCGCCGCAUGUCUGGCUGUCCCUCUGUGUGCUCGGCUUUGGCGUCACGGAGCUAUGUCAGGGGUUCAUCCAGAACUACGGCGGACUGCUUGCAACCCGCUUUUUCCUGGGCUUCUUCGAGGCGGGCAUAUUCCCGGGGAGCUUCUACCUCAUCAGCUUCUGGUACAAACGCGACGAGGCCCAGAAGCGCUUCACCGUCUAUUUCUGCUCUGUCAUUCUUGCCUCGGCCUUUGGCGGGCUGCUGGCAUCGGCCAUUGCCAACAUGGAUGGCCUUCAGGGGAGAAGCAACUGGAGGUGGAUCUUUAUUCUCGAGGGGGUUCUCACCGUCCUGGUCGCCAUCAUAUCCUACUUUUCUGUAAGUGACUUUCCUCAGCAGGCGCGUUGGCUCUCCGAGAGAGAGAAACAGGCCGUGCUCAGAAAGACUCGAGCUCAGGACGCGCAUUCCGAGGGAAAGGUGACUCGAAGGGACUUGUGUGACUUUUUCAGUGAUGGCAAAAACUACCUGGGGGCCAUUAUGUACUUUUCUGUUGUAGUGCCGGUCUAUGCCUUUGCCUACUUCACGCCGACCAUCGUCAAGGGGCUCGGAUACAACGUGCUGCAAACGCAGCUCCGGUCCGUGCCUCCCUUUGCCGCCGCGUUCGGAUUCUGCCUAGUUCUGGCGUACUUGUCAGACCGAAGCGAUCGGCGGCUGCCCUACGUGCUCAUUUCGGGCGCUGUCCUUGUCACGGGGCUCGCCAUCCUCAUCACCACCCACGCAAACUUCUCGCUGCAGUAUGCAGGGAUUUGCCUCGUCUGUAUGGGUGCCUUGAGCGCGGGCCCGAGUGUCAUUUGCUGGUACCUCAUGAACCUGACGGGGCACAAGCAGCGAAGCAUCGGGUCUGCAUGGAUGAUUAGUUUUGGGAACACGGGUGGCAUCUUGGCCCCUUUUGCUUUUCUCCCGCAACAUGCUCCAUAUUACCGUCUCGGUUACUCGCUCUGCAUGGCCGUGACCGUCUUGGGUACCGUCGCCACUGCCUGUUAUGCCGUGCUUGUUGCCAGGGAGAGGCGCAGGAUAAGCAAAGCUGGUGGAGCCGACAAAGUGCAUGUUUCAUCGCUCUGA